CACACGCUGGUCAAUCAUAAAACCACACAGCUAAACCUUGCUCUUCCCCACUCACACCCGGAGUCGCAAGACAGACUGAGGCUUCUCACAAACGAGGACUAGGACAACCCCCAAGGCAAAAUGGUGAAAGUCGGUAUCAAUGGAUUCGGCCGCAUCGGUCGUCUGGUGACCCGUGCUGGCUUCAUGUCCAAGAAGGUGGAGAUUGUGGCAAUCAAUGACCCUUUCAUCGACCUGGAGUACAUGGUUUACAUGUUCAAGUAUGACUCCACCCACGGCCGCUACAAGGGAGAGGUCAAGCUGGAGGGUGACAAGCUGGUCAUCGACGGACAUAAAAUCACCGUUUUCCACGAGAGGGACCCCGCUAACAUUAAGUGGGGUGAUGCUGGUGCCCAGUACGUUGUUGAGUCCACUGGUGUGUUCACCACCAUUGAGAAGGCCUCUGCUCACUUGAAGGGUGGUGCCAAGAGAGUCAUCAUCUCUGCACCCAGUGCUGACGCCCCCAUGUUCGUCAUGGGCGUCAACCACGAGAAGUACGACAAAUCCCUGGCUGUUGUCAGCAACGCUUCCUGCACAACCAACUGCCUGGCUCCCCUGGCCAAGGUCAUCAACGACAACUUCACCAUCAUUGAGGGUCUGAUGAGCACAGUUCAUGCCAUCACCGCCACCCAGAAGACCGUGGACGGCCCCUCCGGCAAGCUGUGGAGGGACGGCCGCGGUGCCAGCCAGAACAUCAUCCCCGCCUCCACUGGAGCAGCCAAGGCUGUCGGCAAGGUCAUCCCUGAGCUCAACGGCAAGCUGACCGGAAUGGCCUUCCGCGUCCCCACCCCCAACGUGUCCGUGGUCGACCUGACAGUCCGUCUGGAGAAACCCGCCAAAUACGAGGACAUCAAGAAGGUUGUGAAGGCUGCAGCUGAGGGACCCAUGAAGGGCGUUCUGGCAUACACUGAGCACCAGGUCGUCUCCACAGACUUCAACGGUGACUGCCACUCCUCCAUCUUUGAUGCCGGCGCUGGCAUCGCCCUCAACGACCACUUUGUCAAGCUGGUCUCAUGGUACGACAACGAGUUCGGAUACAGCAACCGUGUCUGCGACCUGAUGGCCCACAUGGCCGCCAAGGAGUAAACCAACCAGUCGAUCGCUCGUCACUGCACUGUGCCACAUCACCCACAUCCUCCUGAUACCAGAGUUAUAAAUGCACAAUAACAAGUUGUGCCAUCUAUGACUCUAUGCCCGGUUCCUUCUAAUAGUCGACCCACAUCAGAUGCCUGAGGAAAGGUCCCACAGACAAACAAAAAAGAUUUAAAUUGGUGACCAAUCACUUUUUUUGUAUUCAAUUCCCUGUUCUGUUCUUGUGUGAGAUGGAGUUAAAGUGUGAGAGUCUGUGUCUGUCUGUAGUGCUCAAGUACUGCAGUCAGUGGCUGAAAUAAAGUCCUCUGUUUGUGAGAAUCA